CAACCGCUGCUCUUGGCGUCUUCCUUCCUGGUUGCGUGGAGGAAACCGGCCGAGCCUAUCUCUCCGCCUCAUCUGCAGCUGAGCCUUGGAGGAGCUUCCGCUGCCGUUCAAGGGUCUGGAGAGCCGGCCUUCCCCGGUCUGUCCGAGAUGGAUUGAUUAGAAUGUAAUAUAAAUAAAGCCCAGGCUGUGGGCUUGUGUGUGCUGUGCUCACCUUCUGAUACCAUAAAGGCCAACGUUUCUCACGAUUGAAUGCUAGUGGUUACAAGGAAAGUAGACUACACCCUCCAGCCCCAGAAGAACAAGUCAAAAAUGGAUCCCUCCUAGUAAACCAUGUGUUUUCCAGAAUACAUACAUUGAAACUUGCGGCAAGAUGUUUAUCUGAUUUCUGUAUCAAGAUUAAAGAUCUGCUAUGGCAAUGAAGAAAAAGACCGAAUUUGUCAUUUUCACCUAAAGAAAAAUGAUAGAUAAAAAUCAAACCUGUGGUGUAGGACAGGAUUCCAUGCCCUAUAUGACUUGUCUGAUUCACAUACUCGAAGAAUGGUUUGGUGUGGACCAAUUGGAGGACUAUCUGAAUUUUGCAAACUAUCUCUUGUGGGUUUUUACCCCACUCAUACUUCUGAUACUUCCUUACUUUACCAUCUUCCUUCUCUACCUUACUAUUAUCUUCUUGCACAUUUAUAAGAGGAAGAACGUAUUAAAAGAAGCCUACUCUCAUAAUUUAUGGGAUGGUGCAAGGAAAACAGUGGCUACGCUAUGGGAUGGACACGCAGCAGUCUGGCAUGGUUAUGAAGUUCAUGGAAUGGAAAAAAUACCAGAAGAAGGACCAGCACUUAUCAUUUUUUAUCAUGGAGCAAUUCCCAUAGAUUUUUAUUACUUCAUGGCCAAAAUUUUUAUCCAUAAAGGCAGAACUUGCCGAGUAGUAGCUGAUCACUUUGUCUUUAAAAUUCCAGGGUUUAGUUUAUUACUUGAUGUAUUUUGUGCUCUACAUGGACCAAGAGAAAAAUGUGUGGAAAUUCUGAGGAAUGGUCACUUGUUAGCUAUUUCACCAGGUGGAGUCCGAGAAGCCCUGAUUAGCGAUGAAACCUACAGCAUCGUAUGGGGUAAUCGUAAAGGCUUUGCACAGGUUGCCAUUGAUGCAAAAGUGCCCAUUAUUCCUAUGUUUACACAAAAUAUUCGAGAAGGAUUUAGAUCACUUGGAGGAACAAGGUUAUUUAGGUGGCUUUAUGAAAAAUUUCGCUAUCCAUUUGCUCCAAUGUAUGGGGGUUUUCCAGUGAAGUUACGAACUUACUUAGGUGAUCCCAUUCCAUACGAUCCAAAAAUAACAGCAGAAGAAUUAGCUGAAAAGACGAAGAAUGCUGUUCAAGCUUUGAUUGACAAGCACCAAAGAAUACCAGGAAACAUUAUGAGUGCUUUGUUAGAACGGUUUCAUAAAAAACAAAAGGUCCACUAGAAGAUGAUUUAAUCCAUUUAUAUUUAAUGUAUUUGCAUCUGUGUUACUGUCUUCUGAAUUUUCUAGGUCCUAAAAUGAGUAUUUUUUAUAAAUCAUGUUAAUAAGCAUCUUUCAAAGAAUUUGUUUGCUUAAAAUGAUCUUGUCAAUGUUUUUGCAUCAAUUGUGUCAAAUUUAAAGAGGAUCAUUACAUGCCUAAUAAUUCAAAAUAAUGAUAUUUCCUUUGUAAAAUAAAAAUGAUGUGUGAUAAACAUAUAGAUUCUUAAGUUUAAGUUUAUUAAUUAUAGCAGCUUAGAUUAAACAAACAUUCCUGAAUAGCACAUCUAUUUUCUGUGUCUUACACUGAGCCAGUUGGGAGAGGUAGCAUAAGCUGUUAAUAGGUUUUAGUACAGUGACUUGCAGUAGGGAAAAUGCUUUUCUCUGCUUCUCAUUCCCUUUGUGACCUUGGGCAAGUCAGGUGAUGUUUUAGUGCCUCAACAAUUCACUUUUUAAAACAUGAUAAUACCAUGGUGAGGAAUAUUAUUUUGUAUUCCUUGUUAAUGCUGUGAUUGAUAACUGUCAAACCCAAAUUAUAACUGAAUGAAUUAAAAUCUUCCAAAAUCCUUUAGAAAUUAUGUAUACAGUUUGUCCUUCAGUCGUUUAAAUUAUUCCUUCAGGUAUAUCCAGUGCCAAGAGCAAUGAAAACAAUGUACUGUUUUUCCCAUUGAAUAAAGAAGAAAUUAGGAAAGUAA